AUGCCUAGUCUCAAGCAGAAUGCUCUCCGUAAAGAGUCGAAGAGCCCCAAGGCCCCCAAGACUACGAGACAAGGCAAACCCGCAGACAAUAUCGUUGACAUGACAGCGGGCGCCGACAAGGCCUCUGCCGUCGCCGACGACACGCAGCACAAGCCGCGCCGCACGCCUCGUCCUCGUCCUCAGCAUGCUACCCCCCUCGACACCACGGACGACGACGAAUACGACGACUGCUGGCUUGCAACGUACGAGGACCCUCAUCCCUCCGACCAGGUCGUUGAAGAAGACUGGGUCAGAGUCAAGAAGCCAGACUCAGGCCGCUAA